AUGACCUUGGGGGUCAUCGACGAAGGCUCUGAUAAAGGACUCGACCUUUACCCCCGCGAAGCCACUUUAGGUCUGCAAUUGAUGCAGAGUCUCCCAGAAUUGCAACAGAAAAAGGCGCAGAAGACGGCCCAAAUUCAUGAACCUGACACCCCUGGCUGGAACGUAGUUGAUCAACGGCACCUUGGAGGCACCGGAAAGGACAAUGCCAUAAUACCAAAUGAAGGUCUGGUAGCCAGUGAGCUGACGCCCGAGCACCAGGAGUUACUUAUUGCUCUUGUUGCCACCUUCCACGAACUGUUGCCGCCCGCCCCGCUUGAUCACUAUCUUCAGCUUGUCCGUAAGCAUCUCUCCGAGACUUAUUUCACUUGGACCGGCGCAUUUGGUGACCACGACCCAUUUUAUCUCCGCAUCCAGAGCCCUGUGGUUCUGGUGGAGCUGGACCACCACACAGGUGUCUAUCUCACCAACCAGACUCCAGGAAAAUACCAUCUUCAUACUAUAGUGAGGCAGCCAAAUGGAGGUGAUUAUGGGCAGGAGCUCAUACGAAAGUGGAAACAAUCACACCCUCGGAUCCCGGCCCCUCAGCGCAUGGAGUAUGUGCGCCGUUUUGAUGAAAACGCCACAUUUGACACUGGUUUUCCCAAGUAUCGGGCUCAAAUCCUCUCCUUCCUUGAGAGUGCUGUUAUCUUGGCCAGCCAUAUAGGUGAGGGUGGCUGCGGCCCCGGUUGGCACUACCACCAUUCAGAUCAGAUGUAUUAUCUUGUCCGUGGCACGAUGAAAGUUCGCCUACAUGAUCGUGAACAUUUUGUUCCCACGCAUAGUCUCGUCUUCAUUCCAGCUGGUCUCCCACACUACAACUGGAAUGAAGGACCAGGUGGCGAGACGCACCUUGAGAUGAUCAUUCCCGCGCCGCAUCGAAUGGAGCAGAUCGCUUAUAUGAUUGACAAGCCCGAGGAUGUGCCUGUGGAGUGGCAGACAAGCAAGAAGGCCUAUGUGAGAACUGUCAGCAGGGAAAAGUUGUCGGAGCUGCUUCCCGGAUUCAAGAUCCUGCCUAUGGCCGAUCCGUCCACUGGGUCGUCCAAUGCUAUGAUCAUGUAUGCUGAAGUGGCCCCCAAUGCGGGUGGCCCUCGUACUCAUAUUCACGAGUUUGAUCAGUACUAUUUCGUCCUCGAGGGCGAGCUUACAAUUGAGGUUGCCUUGCAGAAGCAUAUUCUCACACGAGAUAUGUUCGUCGUGCUGCCAGCCGGUGUCCCUCACCGUCAGUACAACCGCAGCAACGUCACCGAGAAGCACGUCGUCAUCAAUACUCCACCACCUGAGGCAGGCCGGUAUUGGGACUAUGGUUUGACUGUGGCAACCACGGGGGAAAAUCACUACGGAAACCUGAAUGCCGCAAGAGAAGUCGACGACGACGCGUUCUUGGCAGGAUAG